AUGGAUUCCCUCCCGCUUGAACUGCACGCGCAAAUCUUCGAGUUCGCCUGCACCGAUGACGGCACCACCGCCCGCGCGCUCUCCCUCGUCUCGCACUACAUCCGCGAGGUCGCCGCCCCCUUUCUCUACCAAUCCCUUUCCAUCUCCGGUCUCAAGCAGAUGAACGACCUGUGCGAGAGGCUCGCGACCACCCCUCCCCACCUCCGACGCAUCCGCCACCUCUUCCUCUCCGACUGGACCGCCGCCGACGUGCGCAAGCACACGUCCGCGCCGUCCGACAUGGAGCGCUACGACGCCGAGCGCUCCUUCGCCGCGCGCAUUCUUGCCCUCGCAGCGCCCACGCUAGAGGCGCUCACCCUCGUCGUCUCCUGCCCCUUCACCGCGCCCCCGCUCAUCGGCGAGCUCUUCGCGACCCCCUUUCCCCGCCUCGCCGACCUCGCCGUGCACGGAUUCUACCCCUUCCCGCACACACCGGGGGCGCUCCCCGCCCUGCGCAGCCUCCGACUGUCAGGGCACCGCAACCCACACGGGCUGUUCCAACUCGGCUCCCUCGCCGCCGCCGCCCCUCGCCUCACGCACCUCCGCCUGUCGGACAUCGCCGCCGCCGCGCCCUUCGCGCGCGAGCUGCACGCGGCCGCGCUCCCCCACGACCCCUCGUCCGCGGCGGCAACGGCGACUGGAGGGGGCGUAGGGCUGGCGCCCGCGUUGCCGCCGAGCCUGAAGCACGUCGCGAUCGACGUCCGCCGGCUGCAGCAGGGCGUGCACUUCCGCGGGACGCUCACGCGCGGGCUCGCGAACGCCCACGACAAGAUGCUCGCACUGCUCCGUGAAGUCGAGCUCCGGCGCGGGGACACGGCGCUCGACGCGUUCGCAGUCGCGGAGAGCGACGGGUGGGAGAUGUACGGGGAGCUCCGGCGCGAGUGGCUGGUCGGCCUGGGCAUUGCUGUGGAGCAGGAAUCGUUGUGA